AAAAGAGGAGAAGCAGGUGGCCAAGCCAGAAUGCCUCCUACUCAGGCUGAAAGUGUUAUAAAGAAUAUCAUACAAGAAAUUAAACAAGAAUGUGCAGCCCAUGGAGAGAUGGUUUCUGAAACUCUAAUUGCUUUUAUGGUGAAAGCGGUUGUCCUGGAUCCAAGUAAUGGCUUUAACGUGGAUCGAACCCUCAUGAAAAGUGAUGUGCAGAAACUUGUUAAGCUUUGUAUGACUCGGCUAUUGGAUAAUAAAAAUCCAUCCCUGGACACAAUUAAGAUGCAAAUCUACUUUGAUAUGAAUUAUACAAAUCGAGUGGAAUUUCUUGAAGAACAUCACCGGGUCCUAGAGUCUAGAUUAGGCUCUGUUAGCAGAGAAAUUACAGAUAACAGAGCAUGCGCUAGAGAAGAACUGGAAAGCCUCUACCGGAAGAUCGUCAGCUACAUGUUACUGGGCACUGGGCUUGGCUCGCCCACAGACAUCAAGAUUGUCAGAGAGACAACAGCUGCCCUACAGAGUGUUUUUCCUCAGGCUGAACUGGGGACAUUUCUAACUCUUUCUAAGAAGGACAAAGAACGCCAGCUGAAAGAACUCACUAUGAUUGUUACUGGAAUUCGUUUAUUUAACAAAGACUGUGGAAAAGGAGGAGAAGGCAUUGAUGACUUGCCCACUCUUUUACGUGAAGCAAUCCCAGACACCACUCACCAUCUCGAUUCUCAACUUGAGACUGCCCAGAAACAGGCAUAUCGCUACACAGCCAUCCUUGAGAAAGCAGCAAAGAACCCACUCAUGAGUAUUGAACUUCAACCAUAUAUGUUAAAAGAAGCACUGUAUAACAUGCGGCAAUAUGAGCUCUUCCUUCAGAUCAUUUUGUCAGAUAUAAUUACUUGUGCCCAGGAAGCAGAAAUGAUGAUAAAACAGUUAGGAGCCCAACUGGAGCAAUUAAAAAUGACCAUAAGAUCAAAGACAGCUGUCCCAACCUCACAAGUCUUUCCUGCCUUCAUUGAACUUUCCAAUCUGUGGACUAGCAUGCAGGAUGAAGCUAUUGUGAUUAGCAUCCUCAGUAAUUUAACUUCUCACCUCCAGUCAUUCCUGGGCACUCAUGACCUACUCUUUCCUGAGAAAGUAAUGCAAGAUCUUCUUAAUGGAGUGACUGUGAAAACUGAUAUGUGUAGAAUGCAGGAACACAUGGAAGAUCGAGUCCGUGUGGCAGACUUUAGAAAACUGGAAUGGCUUUUCCCAGAAACAACAGCAAAUUUUGAGAAAUUAUUAAUUCAGUAUCGGGGAUUUUGUGCUUACACAUUUGCCACAGCCGAUGGCCUUCUCCUUCCAGGAAAUCCAGCAAUUGGAAUUUUGAAAUACAAAGAAAAAUACUAUACUUUCAAUACUAAAGAUGCUGCAUAUUCAUUUGCUGAAAAUCCUGAAAAUUAUAUUGAUUUAGUUAAAGAAAAGGCCAAAAAAAAUGUAGAAUUAAUUCAGCUACUGGAGCUUCACCAACAGUUUGAAACACUCAUUCCAUAUUCUCAGAUGAGAGAUGUUGACAAACAUUAUAUAAAGCCAAUUACAAAGUGUGAGAGUAGCACACAGACGGAUACACACAUAUUGCCACCAACAUGUGUGAGAUCGUAUGAGUGGAAUGAAUGGGAGUUAAGAAGAAAAGCCAUAAAACUGGCUAAUCUGCGUCAGAAAGUUACUCACUCGGUACAGACUGACCUUAGUAACCUGAGAAGAGAAAAUUAUUCCCAGGUGUACCCUUCAAAGAAUGCUAGCACCCAGUCCAUGAGGGAGGCCAGCACUGGAGUGCCCCGGCCCCAGAUUUACAUAGCUGGUCUUCGUGGGGAACAGAGCAAAGUCACCCAUGGGGUCAAGGUGAACUUAACUAGAGCUGUUGACGAAACCUAGGUAGAGGCUGUUGCACAAUUAUGAAAGAUGACAAAUACUUAAAAGUAACAUUUAUGAAAACUAAUUUUGUAUGGAUGGCAUAUUCUUUGGCUGUGUGACUGUUUAUUGGUUUACCAAAUUCUGUCAAACUGUUACAAAAAGCUAAAGUUUUCUGUAACACAUUUUUCAUUCUAUUAAAGUUGAAAAGGAAAACUGUCUUUUUAUCUUU